CACCCGCAUUCCAUUCCCACACAGCAGUCAACCGCGUUCUCCACUCCCCAUUCCCCCUCUCUCCGAUCGCCCAUCCCCGUUCAUAUGGCCACCGAGAUCCUCCGCCCGCACAACAUCCUGCACCCGCAGCCGCAGAGGAUCCGCGCCGCGCACCGGAGGCCCAGCAACCCCGGCACCGCCAGGAGGUCUCCUCCUCCAUCGGCCUCCACGACCGGCCGGAGACACCAUGGGCGGCCUUCCUCUUCUUCUUCUUCCUCGUACGGGAAGGUGACGUCUGCAGCCGCUCCGGCGAGGCGUCCCGCGGUGGAAGUGUACGCCGGCCCAGCGUUCUCCGCCGCGUCCCCCGAGCCGAGCUCGCUGCCGCUGCCGCAGUUCCCGCUCCAGAAGCCCGCGGCCGCCGUCAACGACGCCGCCACGCGCGACCUCAGGCGCAUGCUGCGCCUCGAGUAGCUCGCUAUCCCGGUGCCAGCUAAUGGACACGAGCUGUAUGUUAGUUUAGUUCUAGCGGCAAUCGUCGUUGAGUGGCGCGGCCGCGCGCGCGCAGCAAGGCCUCCGGCUCGGUUUUAUUGUGUGGCCGGCGGCAUGGUGCGCGGGGGCCGUGGGCUCCGACGACGGCGGUCUGGAAUGAGCGCAGCCAGCGAUGUGACCAUGGACCGGCGUGAUGUAAUUACAAGUAGAAUCACAAGUCCAAGAGUACCUACGUAUAUGCACGACCUCCUAGUUGAUCGAUCCCCUUUGCCUCUGGUUAGCACGCAGGUGCCAAAUGGCCAAGGUUUGGCUAAAUUUUAAUUUCUGUUCAUGCUGAUUAAAAAAGUUUUAUGUGUCCCAAUCAUGAUGCUUUGAAUGAGUCACAUCAAGGAUAAAGUUGAUUUCAA